UCUCGCGAGCUUUACUGUUGUUGUGGAAACAGAGUCAAAAUGGCUCUGCUAAUAUUUAUUGAAUUAGUCAAUUAGUGCAAGUAUUAGAUCUAGAUUUAUAACAAUUAUAUUAAAUCAUAAAUGUAUUUGCAGCCACUAUUUAAAGAGUAGAUCUAAAUUGAACCUAGACUAUGUGACAGUAUGUCUUCUGUCGAAUCUAGAUCUACUUCAAAAAUACGAGUAGUGCCAUCUGGACAAAUUUACCGACAACUAUUUGAUGCACAGCUGCAACUUAGUAAAAGUUUAUCCUACUAUGAGAAUAGAGAAUCAAGUUCCAAAUCCUUGGAGCUAUCUCCUCCUCAAGGCCUGACUAACAUUUCAGUGAUACAUAUAGACAGAGAACCAACACAAAAUGGGCUGCUUUCAAGCAGACAGCAGUCUUGGGUUCAAGGGUAUCCUAAUGAUCCAUAUACGGAAAAUCCUGUUCUUUACAAACAAUAUAGUGAAUAUUUGCAACAAAAAAAGCUUACUUCAGAAGCAUUAAAAUCAGAAGAAGAUGUUAGAGGUCUUCCAGAUAUUAUUGUACCACAGAAAAUCGGUUCAAACAUUAUUCAGCGGAUUGCAGAGAGUCGAAAACAAAGACAUGAAGCAGCUGUGGAAGAUCUUCAUCUAGAACUUUGUCUCAUAAACAAUGAAGUAGAGCCUCUUAUUGAAUGGGAAUCUCUUCAGCUGUUAAAAAAACUCAAAGAUGAUGACAAUGACAUUGAAGCCAUUCUAACUUCAUUGCAGGUUGAGAAUUUAUUAAAGAUGUCCCUUCCAAUGCUUGAAACUGUUUGGGAAGAUAUUUUAAUUCACUCUGGCAAGAGACAAAACUGGAUAGCAGAGCUGGAUAACAAUCUGAAGCUGAUUGAGACUGACAGAUUAAAUAAGAUCAAAAGCGUGUUUAAAAAAUUUGGCGAUAAGUUUCUUAAAAUUGCUCAUCUUGCCAAUUCAGACCUACAGAGAUUCUUGGAUAAAGAAACUCAGAUGAUCAAUCAAACAGUACUAAGUAAUCAAAGGUCCUAUGCUGACCUUUUUGUGCGGCUUCUUUCUGCUGAUGUAGAAAGAGAGAAAGCUCAAAGAGUGGCUUGGCAGAGAAGAGUAGAAGAUUGGAAGGCUGCUAAUAUUCAGUCUGUAAUGGACAAUUUUAGAAACUUCAUGAUGAAUGACUCAGUUAAACAGCCAGAGAAUAUUGCCAAAGUUAGGAAUGAUUUCAAAUUAGAGCAAGAAAAAUUACAAUCCCUGUGUAUAGCUUCUCUACAAACCAUGUGUGACAUGAAACCUCCUAUCUCUACAAAGUCAGCUGUUUAUAAAUGGAGAAAUGAUAUCAAUACAAUUGUGAUAGAACUUGACUCAGUCAAUCAGAUGUACCUCAAUAAACUGUAUGAAGAGCAUGAACAAGUUUGUCAGAUGUGUUUGGAAAAAAUUAAUAGUGAAAAGGAGAAGCUAAUUGAUUCUGGCAUUUGUUCAAGUCAUAGAGCUAGACAACUGAUGGAGGAGUAUAUGUUACCUUUGGUUGGUCAACACCAAAGAUUGGUUGAAUCAGAGUUAGAAGGCCUAGAGAAACAAUUAGAGGCCCAAAAAACAAAGCUUGAGGAGGAAAUCAAAACAUUAUUUAAAUUUUCUCAAGGAGCAGCACAUUUGUGGGAUGUACAUGAGAUAGGUUUGGCUAAAGAAGAGAGAGCACUCCAAGAAAAACUGGAAGAAAUUCGUUACAGUCAUGACCAAAGCAAUCAGGAAAAAGAAGCCAACCUUGACCUGGUAAUGGACAGAAUGAGACAAGAUGCUAAUGAUGUUGCUCUCAAAGACAGUCUAAUUAAAGCAAACGUCAUGUUGGACAAAAUAAGAGAGUCGUACUUGGAGUUCCAUAAACAACAAACUGAACUAGUGAAGAGUUAUCCCAACAUGAUCAAUUCAGAACUCUUGGAUUAUGAGAACAAAAUGUGUACAUUUUUCUCUGUAGCUAAAGCUAAGACGAAUGAUUUUAAAGAAUUACAUUCUGAAGAAGAAGAGGUUGACACAGAGAUUCAAGAGAAACAAAGUGAAAUUUUAAGUGCUCAGUCUGUCCAUUCAGCUGAGCUAAAUCUAUCUGAUGUUGUCAAACAAAUCCUACAGACUUCUAGAGGGACAGAGUUCUAUCUCCUGCCUGAUGCUGGGCUAGCGUCUGCUGAGUCAGUAGAAGGUCAAGAUGAAGACAAUUUACAGACAGAGGAUAAAACAAAUGAUGCCAUUAUCAACAUGAUUAUUCCAAAGUCUCUUAUUUUACAAACAAAGUUAAAAAUUCGUCAGAACUUUCUAGAACAUUUGGAUGAGUGGUUUGAUGAAGCAUCUGAUAGAGCUAAAAGUAUUGUUAUAGCCAAGUGUCAAGAAAUAAACAGUGAACUUGACCUUCGACUUCACCUCCAUCAACCUCGACCUCAGAGAGCAGAGUUUGAUAUACAUAAUGUCCGAGCAGCUGAACUUGUGAUGCAUUCAGAGCGUGUCAUCCGCCAUUGUGCUGGUAUGGAGAAGAAAAUGGCAGAACUAAGUGCUACUUUUAAGGCCAUGAGUCAGGAACAUAAUAAACUUGCCAAUCAAUUUCAUGUAGAUAUUCAAGCUCUGGAAGUAAUAUUUGUUAAUGCUACUAAAUCUUCAAGACUUGUCAAUCUCCAGAAUCAAUUAGUGGUAGAGAAAGAAAAGUUUAUGACAACUAUUCGUACAUCUUUACGUCAGUUUAGACAACACCUUGAUGAGACACUGCAGAUGUUAAGGGAAUCUAAUGCCAGAUUUAUCAAAGCAUUCAAACUGUUUUCUGAUGGAGGUAACUUUUGUCCAGAGGAAAUUGAAGAUUAUAGAAAAAAAUUAGAAAAAAUGUCUCAACAGAUAGAUUCAACUGAAGGUUCAAUUAUGUCAGAAUUGGAAGGCAUGGAGUCAAAAAGAUUGGAGAGUGCAACUAAAAUUUGUCUGGAGUUUGAAGAGCGAUUUAAAAGUCAUAUGAAUGAUUUAGUGUUCAUGGAGCGGGUCUCAAGAUGGCUGACUAACACACAAGUCAAAAUCAAAUCAGAAGUAGCUUACAGUAACACACAGUCACAAAAUCUACUUGGCAUGCUCAAGACUCUAGAACAAAGAAUUAAUGCUUGUCAGAAUAAAAAUAUGGAUCUAGAACAAAUAACUUCAACUCAACUUAAUGAUUCUUUAGAAGAAAUAUUUGGUGCUUUUGUUAAAAGAUGGGAUUAUCUACAAAGAGAAAAAACUGGAACAGGGCCUAAUGGAACAAUUGCCAAUGCUAAAGUUGUUUUUACAAAUGACAAUACGGCACAAGCAGGGAAAAUUAGUAAGCUGAUAGAAGACCCUACAUUUGCUACUAUCAAAAGUAUUCUCAAAUUUCUAGAAAUAAAUAAACUUAAAUUUUCAGAUGAUUUUUGGACACAAAGAACUAAACUAAAAUUUGGACUAGAUGCUGCUAUUGAUGGUGAAGAAUAUAAAAGAGAGAAAUCAGCAGUAUCACAGUCUUCCAGUAAAGGAAGUGAGCAGAGUAUGACAAAAAUUAAUCAAAAAGCAAAUAUUGAUGUAAAAAAGACAGCCAUUGGGACUGUAAGAUCAAGCAAGCAAUUCAAGAUUGAUAAGAAACCUUUGAGCCUUGGAAUAGAUACAAGUUCAAAAGAGCAAUUCAUUCCUCAUAUUCAAGGCAUUUUAAAAGAUGCUUCAGAUGGUCUUCUUUCUACAGCUGAGGUGUUUUAUGCACAGAAAGGGAGCAACCCUGUCACUAGACCUCAAGUUUUGCAGGAAACAUUAGAACAGUUUACUGAGGUUAUAACUCAAAAGAUUGGUUCCUAUGGUAGCCAAGCUGAUGACUAUCAUAAUCAAUGUUUGCAAGAAUUCCGCCAUCAAUUAUUGAAUCUUGAAGACCUGUGUGCACAAGUUCCUGGUCUAGUAAUUGGGGACUAUGUUCAGAAUCAAAUACUUGAGUCAAAGAAGGCCCAUGAUGCACUUGUAUCAGAGUUUCAAUCUAUUCUUGAGCAUCUUGCUACUAGACAGACAGCUAAUAAAAAAGAGUUACGACCAACAUUGGGUCACCCUAACCUCAAGGAUGAUUUGGCUGCAUUGUGUGCUAUGGAAUAUGAAAGACACUUAAGCUUUGUUGAGCAUGUGACAAGGUUUACAGAAACUCAGCAGGAAAAUGCUGUGAAGAAUGGUCAAGUUUUUGUGGAAGGUCUUGUUGAAUUGUCCACACGUCUUCUAAAGCAGUGUGAUCAUAUCUUGUUAUUAGAUGAAGUAGACAAAGGAAGAGUUGAACCAAAGCUACUUCCUACAUCUGAACUAAUCAGAAGAAAGAAAGCUGGAAAAUCUCUUGAAGAAGAAGAAACCAAUUACAAGUCUUCUUGUAGUAUUGCUAGCUGGAUUGGCCUUCCCAUGAAUCAGUUUUGUUUGGAAGGUUUGCCUAGUAGACUUGAACUCAGUCCAUCCAUCACAACCAAUAAAACAACAUCUGCUCACAGUGCUGUCAUCAAAUCCAGAGAUGUAGCUUACCAGACUUACAAAACUUCAUUUGAUAAAAUGGUGCAAGAAAUUGAAAGUACAAAAAAUAGUCUUUUGCUGACAGAAACAUUAUGGUCCCAGUCGUGGAAUAGUUCUGUUGAGAAAGUCAAAGGCCUGUAUCAAACUGAGUCCUAGACUCACUGUCAACACCAGGAGAAUUAAUCAGCAGGGAGCUGCCUUAAUGAGAUGAAUGUAUUAUACCUUGUGGCUUUUGUAUUUAAAAGACAAUUUCUAUGUUCUUGAAAGAAUUAUUUGAAUCAAGUUAGAAUAUGUUGUUUAGGCAUGUCAUUUUUAUUUGUUUAAAAAAAAAUCAAAAUUGAGACACUGCAAUUUCUUGAUAUUGAUUGUUUAAAUGUCUUAGAUCAAUAACUAGACCUUUUUUUUUUGUUGAUAGUUUUGACCCAUCAUAUAAGGCUUUUGUUUUUAAGAAAUGUCAUUUAGAAUCAGAUGUAUGAAAAAAAAUUUUCUGAGACAGACAAAUAUCCAAAUUAUUUGUUUGUUUGUUUUUUUAAAGAUUUCCAUUCCAUUGAAAACAAUUAUUGAGAGAUAUUAUUUCUGUUUGAGUCAAUUUGUUUGUUUCUGUGUCCAGAUCAAUAAAACUUUGUCUUCAGUCAGCAAAAACUUUGUAUGUAGUUAACCAGAAAAUGUCAAUGUUUAGUUUGUAAAGGUUACUUGGACAAUUCUAAACAGGUAGAGGCUCUCUGAACAUUUGAAUAAAUCACAUUUCUAGUUGAAUGUUCUGAGAUGUGAGAGAAGAGAGAGGACACAACCUUUGAAGAUCUUGUUUGAUAGAACAGAGCAACUGAAUCCAUUAGGAGUCAUGAUUUAUAAAACUUACCAACACUGUUCCCUUUGUUUUUCAUUAAUUAAUUUGAACUUGUUAGUUAAUUAGUUACCAUGAACUUGUUAUAAUCUGUACCACUAUUCAAAAGCAGCAACAAUCUCCCAAUGUUAUAUUCUAUUCUAUAUGAUGAAGAGCUGAACUAACUCAGACUUUUCAAAAUGAAAAAUAUUUUUGUUUCAAAUUUAUUUCUAUAAAGUAUUUCAAAACUUUGUUCAUCAGAGGUAAUAAACUAGAAGUAUAUAGACUUUCCAAAACCUUUA